AUGAACAAAAGCAUCUCUUCGGAGUCCGAUGGCUCCUACAAAAUCACGAUUGAAAUGGAAGAGAAAAUGGACGUCCCAGAGAUCUCAUCACUCGCAAUGAUGGAGCUUAAGAUGGUAGCCCGUGAAAGUAUCACGUACGUAGCGGGUCCAGCAGCUAUCUUGCUCCAAAUAGCACACCCUCUCGUCGGACAAGGCGUAGCAGAUCAUAGCACUUUUGCUAAGCGAGCCAUCAGCAGAGCUGAAUAUACGCAGAUGUUUAUCUACUGUAUGAUAUUUGGUACCGAUUCAGAGAAAGCAGCCAUGAAAGAUUAUGUCGACAAGGCACAUUCACGAGUGGUCGGUGGAGAGGGUAAGCGAGCAUACAACGCACAAAACCCUGAGCUACAGCUUUGGGUUGCCGCCACCAUAUAUGCCUCCAUCGUCGGCAUGUAUGAGCUAAUUUAUGGACCACUACCGAAGGCUCGAGCAGAGCGUGUGUAUCAAGCAUUUUCUAUCAUGGGAACAUCCUUACAACUUCCUCAAGAGAUGUGGCCAAAAAACCUAAGCGCAUUCAGGGCAUAUUGGAACGACAUGGUAGAACACCAACUAUUGGUUACGAAUGAUGCCAGAGCCGUUUUCCAUGCCAUUCGUGCGUCGCAUUACAUUGGAGCAACUUCCUCCCACGGUGCGCGAUCAGUUUAUGCUAAAGUCAACCAAGACAUCGAGAGCAAUAUCUGGUCUGUUUAUCUCUGGGAUGUCUGGUGUAUAUCCCAUGCUGCCUUUGUUUUUGAGGCAGGCCACAAAGACCUACAUGAUGAGAACGAUGAGACGGCGGAUGAAGAAGCGAGGUGGUCAACUGAUAAAACCAUGAUUGUCGGACAAGUACUUGAAACUUUGUGUCGGGCACAUUGA